AUGUCAGUUCCUUCCUGUUCGAAGAGUAAAAGAAUGGACACUGUAAAAAGUAAUGGAGAGACGGUAUAUGAAAAAUGGGAACGUUUCCACAACUGGGUACAUUGUAUAUGCAUUGUUACGUUUGAUCUUGAAUUAGGUCAAGCCAUUGAGGCCAUAUAUCCAUCUCAUAUCAAGUUAUCUGAACAAGAGAGAUCUAAUGUUUGUUAUCUUGCUUUUCCUGAUUCUAACUCUGGUUGUAUGGGAGACACGCAGUAUCACGUCAGAAUAAGACAGAACGGAACGACGGUUCAAGAGACUAAAGCUUUAAAAGAGUACGACCGAAGAUCGGCUCCGUUUUUGCAAUGUGAUAAGGAUUAUUACUGGGGCUACGUGUACUUUCGUCAGGUGAAAGAUAAAUCUCUUCCAAGGGGAUAUUUCCAGAAGAGUAUUGUUAUAAUUACGAAACUACCAUUUGUGAAUCUCUUCGGUGAACUGAGUGCGUUGAUAGCACCAGAAUUUUUUGAAGUGGGCAACGCGCUGAUGGAGGCUGUUAUUAGAGAGAUUGACCAAUGGCCUCUCCCGGUACCUGGCCAAGUAGUACAUCUACCAGUCAUAGGUGUUCUAUUUCAGACGUACAUCCCAAAUCAAAACUAUAAAGCAACUGUACCCACGAUUGCUGCCAUGGAUCACGCGCCAAAUUUUCACGCGACGCGAAGAUUAAUUUUAACAUCUGUCUACGAAGGAGAUAUGUUCCGAAGUCUGGCCAGCGUCGUAAGUUACGUGCAUUUACUAUGGGAACUAGUACUACUUAGCGAACCGAUCGUUGUUAUGGCUGGUUCACCCACCUGUUGCUCUGAAAUGGUCCAAGCACUUAUCGCGAUGAUAGCACCGUUGAAGUAUUGCGCGGACCAUCGACCUUACUUCACGAUCCAUGAUUCGGAAUUUAAAGAAUAUACCACGGAUGCUCCGUCGCCUCCUGCUGUAAUAUUAGGCGUGACUAAUCCGUUUUUCGCCAAGACUUUACAACACUGGCCUCAUAUUAUAAGAACUAGCAACGGGAGUAACAGUGAGAAUCAAAAAUAUAAAAUCAAGAAGUCGGAGAAUCUGAAAGUGUUGGACUCAAAACCAGGGGUUUACACGCAGUAUAAACCCUUCCUGCAGAAAGAUAAAACUAUAUUGAAAAAGUUGUUUAAAGGUAUACAGACGAAGAGACCAGGGGCAGUACAAACGGCUCUUUUGAAACGUCACUUAAUAGAACUGACCGAGAGCUUUAUGAUACCCCUUGAAAGAUAUAUUGCAAGCUUGAUGCCACUGCAGAAGGACAUAUCACCCUUUAAAGCUACACCUAUACCUGAAUUAUUCAAUCCCGACGACUUCCUAGCUACCUUGAGUAGCUCUGGGCCGCAAUUGACGACUGGUAUAAAAGGAGAUUGGGUCGGAUUGUACCGACGAUUUUUUCGUUCGCCUAACUUUUCCGGUUGGUUUCACACCAGGUACACGGAACUGUCGCAGAAGCUGGAAGCUAUACAACUCGAGGCGCUGUCGCAAGCGGAUUUAAAGACGUGGGUACAAGGUAGGCAGGAGGUGGAAUUGGUGGACAUGAUUCUCAGAAUUCGGCAGAAAUUAGAAAAGACUUACAUCGAAGAGGUACCCAUAGGCAACUCGGUAAGGGAGAAACUUCAAGAAAGGAUAAAUGACAUCACGCAUACGUUGCCGGACGAUUUGAAGGGGAUUUUGAAUCACGAAUCCUGA